AUGAGUACCUCUGGGUUCCGCCGGGAGCUGAAGGAGCACGAGGACGUGGACGAGGACGAGCUGCUGGCCGCCCUGUCCUCCGAGGAGCUCCAGGAGCUGGAGAGGGAGCUGGCCGGCCUGGACGACAAUGUGCCCACCGGCCUGAGGCAGAGAGACCAGACCGCCAAGUCCCCCACGGGGGACUACGACCGGGGCGCUCUGCUGAAGUACUGGGAGGACGAGAACCGGAAGCUGCUGGAGGACCAGAGGACGGUGAGGACCACUGGACAGGUGGGACGCCCAGAUAACAGCAGGGUGACGGAGACCGCCGGCGACCCCGACAAGACGUUGGACGCCGACGGGAAGAAGAUUUCUCUAAAGGGGAAGAAAGGGAGCGUCCCGGCGAAGGAGAGCGAGGCGGAGAAGAAAGACGAGUGUAAGGCGGAGGCUCCGAUGAGGAGUAAAGGUCCUCAGAAGGAGAGUCCGUCAAAGGGCCUGAAGAGUGAAUCGAGGAGGACCGAAACCGCAGACAGGAACCCGAACGCAACCUCCGACACCGCCAGCGGGAACCCUACCGCCGUCGCCGAAACCCUGGAGCGGAUCCGGCGCGACGACCCUGCUGUGAGCGAGGUCAACCUCAACAACAUCGAGGACAUUUCCCAGGAGACCUUGCUUCGCUUCACCGAGGCCCUGCGCGCAAACACCCACGUCCGCGUCUUCAGCCUCGCAAACACCCGCGCCGACGACCGCGUGGCCCUCGCCGUGUCCGGUAUGCUCCGCGAGAACCGCUUCGUCAGAAACCUGAACGUCGAGUCCAACUUCGUGUCUGGUCGGGGCGUCCUGGCGCUGCUGGCGGCGCUGCAGCACAACCGGGCGCUGGUGGAGCUGCGCUUCCACAACCAGAGGCACAUGUGCGGCGGGAAGGUGGAGAUGGAGAUGGUGCAGCUGCUGAGGGAAAACACCACCUUGCUCAAGCUCGGCUACCAGUUCGACCUCCCGGGCCCGAGGAUGACGGCGAUCGGCAUCCUGACGCGCAACCAGGACCAACAGCGGCAGCGGAGGCUCCGACAGAAGGAGGAGCAGAGUCCCCCGGAGGUGUCGGGACAAGGUCCCGGUUCAUCUGCAGCAAACGGACCCCCAAAGGAGACGUCGCAAUCUUCUGAGACUGUUGAAAACCAGAAGAGAAACCUUCCUCUUCCUCCUCCUGCGUCUCUAGACCUGCCAACGAGGAAGAUCUCAGAAAUGGUCAAACAGCACGAGGGCUCCAACGCGACGAAGACUCCGUCGAACCAAAAGAAGACAAAGUCAAAGAAGCUCAAGAACGGCGCCAACGAGAAGGAGAGCGCAGAUAUCCUCAAAGACCUGAAGAACGCCUUGAAGCCGUCGCUGCAGAAGAGACGAGAUGAACCGUCGAGCCGGACGGCGCCGCCGCAGAUGUCGAGCCGCGACGACCUGAUGGCGGCGAUCCGCGAGAGCACCGUCGGGUCCUUAAAGAAGGUAAGACUUCCUUUGAGGCCGUGGAUCUGA